CUAACAGAUAAUUUGUGGCUCGGAGCUCGAAGUCCAACAUCAACUUUCAUGAGGCAAAGGUUGAUAUAUAUGCACGAUUUGUUUAGCUCGUUCGUCAAAGCACCGUUCGUAAUUUAUUUGUAGAAUUAAGUGAGAAACUGAAACAUGAUUAAUACAGGGGCACUUGCUGGUAAGACAGUUUUCAUCACUGGGGCAAGCAGAGGCAUUGGCAAGGCGAUUGCCUUGAAAGUAGCUAGAGAUGGCGCUAACGUCGUGGUGGCUGCCAAAACGGCAGAGCCUCAUCCAAAAUUACCUGGGACCAUAUAUACGGCCUGCGAAGAAAUUGAAAAAGCAGGUGGGCGUGGCCUUCCAUGCUUAGUUGACGUCAGAGAUGAAAAAGCUGUACAGAAUGCAGUAGAAGAAGCGGUCAUGAAAUUUGGAGGUAUCGACAUUGUGGUUAACAAUGCCUCGGCUAUCUCAUUGACAGGAACGGCAGAAACUGAAAUGAAAAGAUAUGAUCUGAUGCAUGGGGUCAACACUAGAGGAACAUUCUUAGUAUCAAAAACCUGUUUACCGUACCUGAAAAAAAGUAGUCAUGCCCACAUUCUCAACCUCUCUCCGCCCCUGAGUAUGAACCCACUUUGGUUCCAGAAUCACGUGGCCUAUACGAUGGCCAAAUACGGGAUGUCCAUGUGCGUUCUGGGAAUGCACGAAGAAUUUAGGCCCUUCAAUAUCGCCGUGAAUGCCCUAUGGCCCAAAACAGUUAUCAGCACAGCUGCAAUCGUGAUGCUGAAGGGCAACGGGUCUCACGAUGUGAGCAGAUCGACAGAUAUAAUGGGAGACUCGGCGUACGCCAUCUUGACGCAGGAUCCGAAGUCGUGCACUGGAAACUUCUUCGUCGACGAAGAUGUGCUCAGGAAAGCAGGAAUCACGGACUUCAAACAGUACGCCUGCAACCCAGAGAAUAAUGACAGGUUGGCACCUGAUUAUUUCCUGGACGAAAACAUACCCCAAAUUUUCCCCAACAAAACCGCAACAGCUCAAGAUAGCGGUGCAGCAGGACCAAGUGCUGGUUCAGCAGCCAAAGAAUUUCCAGGAGAGGUCGGAAAAAUUUUCACAAAGAUUCAUACUAUUCUGUCUCCGGAUAGUGUCAAAAAGACUCAAGCUGUUUUUGUAUUCAAAAUAACAGGCGAUGAAGAAGGUCAAUGGUUUUUGGAUUUGAAAAAUGGCAGCGGUUCCUGCGGCCAAGGCGAAUCACCUGUUUCUCCAGAUGCCACACUCACUUUGUCGAGUGACAAUUUCAAGAAAAUGUUCGCAGGAAAAUUGAAACCAGCCUUAGCCUACAUGACUGGAAAGUUGAAAGUGGCUGGAAGUACGCAACAGACCUUGAAACUCGAGAAAAUUAUGAACCAGCUUCAGAAGAGCUGAAGACUGAUUUGAAUAUUUACUUGUACUUAAUGAGAUAUCCUAUGUAUAAAAUAUGAUUGAUACAUACAUUUUUUUAUAUAAAUGAUAGAAGUGUUGUUUCAGAUGUACUCUCAUGAUGAAAACCAAUAAUCAAUGAGUAAAAUUCGAAAGUG